GGCGCUGCCAGGCGUCCGGAGCGGCGGUUCCAGGAUCCCUGGGUCGGGAGCGCGCGGGCGCAGGGCUGGAGCCGGCCCCGGGCACGGCAUCGGGGGCUUGGACGGCGCGGCCCCGCAGCAGGCCCGCCAUGGAGCCGGGCAGCGUGGAGAACCUGUCCAUCGUGUACCGGAGCCGCGAUUUCCUGGUGGUGAACAAGCACUGGGACCUUCGCAUUGACAGCAAGACGUGGCAGGAGACCCUGACCCUGCAGAAGCAGCUGCGGCACCGCUUCCCGGAGCUGGCCGACCCUGGCACCUGCUAUGGAUUCAGGUUCUGCCACCAGCUGGACUUCUCCACUAGUGGGGCGCUGUGCGUGGCCCUGAACAAGGCAGCCGCCGGCAGCGCAUACAGGUGCUUCAAGGAGCGGCGCGUGACCAAGGCUUACCUGGCACUGGUGGGCUCCCCAGCAGUGGCAGGCUGUUCCGUGAACUGCGUGUGAUCCACCCCACCCUGCAGCUUCGGGGGCACAUCCAAGAGAGCCGGGUGACCAUCAGUCAUGCCAUCGGCAGGAACAGCACAGAAGGCCGGGCCCACACCAUGUGCAUCGAGGGCACGCAGGGUUGUGAGAACCCAAAGCCAAGCCUGACGGAGCUGGUGGUUCUGGAGCACGGGCUGUACGCAGGCGAUCCCGUCUCCAAAGUGCUGCUGAAGCCGCUCACAGGUAGGACGCACCAGCUGCGCGUGCACUGCAGUGCUCUGGGCCACCCCGUGGUGGGCGACCUGACCUACGGAGAGCCCUUGGGCCGGGAGGACCGGCCGUUCCGAAUGAUGCUGCACGCCUUCUACCUUCGCAUUCCCACGGACGGCGAGUGCGUGGAGGCCUGCACGCCCGACCCCUUCCUGCCCUCCCUGGACGCCUGCUGGAGCCCCCACACCCUGCUGCAGCCGCUGGACCAGCUAGUGCAAGCCUUACGGGCCACCCCUGACCCUGACCCUGAGGAUGGGGCCCCUGGGCCAGGUAGCCCCUCUGCACUCCUGCCUGGGCCCGGCCGGCCCCCGCCACCCCCCACCAAGCCCCCUGAGACCGAGACACAGCGAGCCUCCUGCCUGCAGUGGCUGUCGGAGUGGACGUUGGAGCCGGACAGCUGAGAGCCGUGGGGCUGGGGUGAGGGUGGGGGUUGGGCCAGCGAGCAUGUGGUCACCGGCUCUGGGGCCUGGAGGUGCCCAGGAACUCAGGGCCCACUGGGCUGCCCAGGCCAGGCCUGCGGGGAAGGACUGAGGAGGGGCCAGCAGGGGGCACCAGGGAUGCCUGGUUGCCGGCAGAUAGGGCACUGAGACUGCGGGGCUGCUGGGGAAUCCGAGGGCCUCCCUCCGCACGCGCCCCAGGAGAAACCCCAAUCUGCUCCCACCUCCUGGAACAGCUUCCAGCUCCCAAGCUUCACCCCCGAGGUGUCUGUUUUAUGGACUCAAGGUCACUCCCAGGAGAGGAAGUGCCGGGUUUUGGACUAGCCUUUGCCGCCAGGUGGGCCCCUCCUGGGCCCAGCCAGCUGCUGGCCACAACCUACCCACUGGAGGGGCUAGGAAGGGCUGUUCUGGUCUCACCUGGCCUGGGAGACCCUGCGUCCUGAAG